AUAUUUACGACACAUUUUACAGCACUCAAUUAUUUACGUAGCACGCCGAUAAAAACCAUUAAAAUCAAAAAGAGCCAAACAUCUUUACGCACUGUUUACCAACUGGACGCCAUCAAUUACAAUAAACGCCACGCGACUGAGAACGCGAUCCAGACGCUCAAAACGGCGGCCAAUUAAGCCAAACGCGGCAAAUAUCGUGGUGUGGAAAGCACACACACCAACAAACACACACACAUCUAUAAACAGUGAGCGACACACAUACACGCACACCCACAAAUAAACACAACGACCACGCAAGGAGCUCAAUUCAAAAAGUACUACAACAAAAAUAACAGCAACAAGAACAAUAAAUAAAAAAUACAAUUUGGCAACAGCAGCAGAAAAAAAGUGUGCAACGUGCACGCCAACAACAACAACACAAACUAAGCUAAAAGGCCAAAAGCAGCAACAGCGGCAACAACAACAAGAGCCGCUACAGCAACAAUAACAACAACAUCUUUAAUAAUAACAAUAACAAUUGUGCAGCAAACGGUGGCAGGUUGCAGUAUGAGCAUGGAAAAAGUAGCAAGCAAACAAUUUGAAUCGAAAAUCUGGCCAGACAUUGUCGACAGCGAUGACAGCGAAGUGGAGAACGAAAUAGAUGUGGACAAACUGCCGCCUCUGGAGGUGGGUCCCAAUGAGAAUCGCCUGCAGCACACAUAUUGCCUGUGGUUCUCCCGCAAGGGGACGCAACGAGCUGCCACCGAUUAUAGUAAAUCGUUGCAUGUUGUCGGCCGUUGUGCCAGUGUGCAACAAUGGUGGUCGCUUUACUCGCAUCUCAUCAGGCCAACGUCGUUAAAGCCCUAUCGGGAGUUGAGUCUCUUCAAACAGGGCAUUAAGCCAAUGUGGGAGGAUCCGGCCAACAGUAAAGGCGGACAGUGGUUAAUACGUUUGCGUAAGAAUAAAAUUGAGCGCGCCUGGGAGAAUGUUUGUAUGGCCAUGUUGGGUGAGCAAUUUUUGGUUGGCGAUGAAAUCUGCGGCAUUGUGCUGCAAACAAAGUAUCCGGAGGAUAGCUUAUCAGUAUGGAACAGAACUGCCACUGAUAUGACCAGUACAACACGUAUCCGUGAUACGUUACGCAGGAUAUUAAAUAUACCUUCGACAACGGCAAUGGAGUAUAAGAUACACUGUGAUAGCCUUAAAUACGUUUCAAUUAAUAAAGGCGCGUUGAAAAGCUGAAAUUCAGUGAAUAACUACAAACACAAAACAACAACAGCAAAAACAAUAAUUAAUCAACAAACAGAUGAAUUGGACACUAGCCAAAGGAGCAACAACAACAACAAUCAUAUGGCAAAAACACAACACAACAAUAGCAGCAGCAACAACAACAAGAACAACAGCAAGCACAAACAACACACGGACAUCAACUAAUGAUAAUAAUUAUUAUAAUGAUAAUGAUGCUGAGGAUGAGGAUGAGGAUAAACUAACUUGAAGACUUCCCCCACCCAAGCCCCAUAUUCUUCCCCCACCCCUGUUAGCAAGACAAAACAGUUAAAUAUAUUUAAGCGCUAAUAAGACAAAUCUUUGUAUUUUCAAAACACACAAGAAAAAAAAACAAAACAAAAAACCAUGAGCAUUUUACAAAGUGAGUUGUAUAUAUGAAACGCCAUAAAUAUUUUAGUUUGUAUGUAUAAAGUUUACAUUAGCCAUUCCCAAUUAAAAUGUUUAUAAGCGAAUUAACCCAACAUUGAGCUGACUAUGAAACCCAUUGGCCAUUUCUUUAUUAAUAUUAUAUUAUGUAAUGUAAUUAUUUUUGGACUCUCCUACAAUCUACAAACUCCCAAUCCCACUCUCUAAUUCUCUAUCCUCACAUCCAUCAAAUAUACAAUACCAUUAGCAGCCUUUUCAAAACUAAUAUUAAUCAGCAUAUGUACAUUAAAUAAAUUCACUCAACAACUCCAUAGCUAUUCGAAAAACCAUCAGCUAGUGGUUAUCUAUAUUUAUCUGUUUGAAAUGAUGAUUAUUUUAAAAUUAUGAUAAAACAUGAAACUGAAUAAUCAAA